AUCUCUUUCUCCAAUUGAUUGCAAUUCUACCAUUGGGCUGCAAAGAAAAUCCUCCAUCUAUGGAAGCAGUCAAUCAUCACAACACAACGAUGGAGAUGAAGAAGAAGAGAUGAACGUAUACCUGAAGGUCAUCAAAACUGUUGCUGUGACUGUAAAGAAAUCAGCGACUGUCAGAAGUGUCAAAGAAAAGUUGAAUGACAAGGAAGGCAUAUCCGAAUGUCUUCAGCAGGUUUUCUACAAUGGCGAAAGGCUUCGGGAUGACCAAAAGCUACUCAGUAGCAACAUUCAGCAAAAUUCCACUCUCCAGCUCUUUGUCCAGAAUUUUAUGCCAAUAAGACUGUUCAUUAAAGUGCCAUCUGGUCAGAAAAUUAUUGAGGUUGAAGCUAGGACUUGUGAUACCAUCCAGAGUAUCAAAUCUUUGAUAGCAGCCAAAGAAGGGAUCAAUUCACAAGACUUCAAUCUGAUUUAUGCAGGAAAGCUGCUUGAUGAUGAGAAGACUUUAGGCUUUCUUGAUAUUCAAAAGGAGUCUACCAUUUAUAUGGUGAUUACUCCAAGGGAUCUGUUUCCAGUCUCUCUUAAAAUGCCAACUGGAGAAGUCGUGAAGUUAGAAGUUAAAGGGCUGUACACUGUUCAUGAUGUCAAAAUUAUAGCUGAGAGUUUAGUUGGUUUCCCCCUAAAUGAUCUAACUUAUCAUGGAGAGGAGCUUGAGAAUCCAAAGACCCUAUCUUCUUUGGGCAUUACAGCAGAAUCUGUGUUAGAGAUGUCACCUCAACGUAUUCAGGAAAAUCACCAAGUUGUGAAUUUUGCUUCUUCGUGGAUCCCAGCUACAUGAAUCACUCUGCAAUCGCGAGACUGUUAUCUCAGCUAUGUGAAUCUUAGUUUGGCAGUCUCGAAGUAGUUAUGUGUAUGUAUGUCCAUGUGAAUUACCUCUGGACAAGAAUAGUUAAAACUAUGUUCUUAGCACGUCUCCUUGCGAAGUUACUUAAAAUGGUUGACAAGAGAGACCAGUAUCUGUAGCUUUUUCUGCUUGGUGAUCCUUCUUUAAUGCUCUUUCAAUGUCUUGAUUUUUCUUGAAA